AUGCCCUCAACCCCGUGGAUCAAACCAGAUACCAGCACCCGUCCCAUCGCCGUGAUCGGUGCCGGUGUGAUGGGCCGACGAAUCUGCAUGAUGUGGGCAGCCGCUGGAUUCUCGGUAAUCCUAUGCGAGAAAUCAGAAACCAGCUCCGACGGCGCACUCGACUACAUCAACAAAAACAAAGGCGCACAAGCAGCCAAGCUAGGCACAAAACCAAGCGAGGUGCAAGUCACCGCGUCACUGCAGGAAGCCGCCAAAAACGCAUGGAUGGUCGUUGAGGCCGUUCCCGAGAAGCUGGAGAUGAAGAUCGAGGUUCUGGCGCAGAUUGACAAGCUCGCUCCGCCGGACUGUGUGAUCGCGAGUAACUCGUCGUCGUUGAAGACGAGCCAGAUGAUCGUGAAUACGGAGAAGAAUUACCGCAUCUGCAAUGGUCAUUACUACAUGCCCCCGGAGCAGAUUUACUACGAGGUCAUGUCGUGUGGACAUACCGAUCCGGAUAUCUUUCCGUUUUUAAUGGACAAGGCUGCUAGUGCGGGCUUCCAGCCGGUUCAUGCUAAGGUUGAUUCAACUGGGCUGGUGUUCAAUCGAAUUUGGGCUUCUAUCAAGCGAGAAGUGUUGUUGGUGCUGGCGGAGGGUGUAAGUGAUGGUCAGACCAUUGAUGAAAUGUUUAAGGGUUGGUUCAAGGCUACCAAGGGACCGUGUCAGAUGAUGGAUACUGUUGGCUUGGAUACUGUUUACAAUAUUGAAGUCAUUUAUGUUCAGCAGCGCGGGUUGGACCCUACGGCCAAGGAUUGGCUGAAGGAGAAUUAUGUCGACAAGGGUAAUUUGGGCGCCAAAAGUGGCAAGGGGCUUCUCGGCUAG